CAGCAGCAGCACUCCCCCCUCCCUUCUGGUCGGUGCACACCCUGCAGGCCAGCUGCAGCACAGGGAGCGUGGCCGUGCAGCUCUGCAUGGAACAGGCUGUCCCAGCUCCCGGGGAUGCUGCCGUGCCAGCCUUUAAACACUCCGGUGUCAGCAGAUGCGAUCCCCGAGGAGGGGGAAUUUCCGUCGCCUGCAAGUUCAUGUUUGCUCCAGUCCCGAAGUUAAACCUCGACACCGGAGCUGUUGUUGAGCUUUCCUCCUGGUUUUGAGCGAGGCUGCUGGGUUUAUCAUGGCUUUCUCCUCUGCUUUUUCUUUGUAACUUUGAAUGAAAGGAGGGUGCCAAUGCUCUCACAUGUCUGUGCCCCCACCUGCUGGGGCAGGUUUGCUCUGCUUUGCCAGGGAGCAUCAUUCUGUGAUGGGCGAGCCCAUGAGGUCUUCUGCACACGUGUCCACUCUGUCUCUGCUGUGGCCUUGGGGAUGUGGAAAGAGGGACAGUGAGAGGGAGAUUUACUGGUUUGCCUCCCUAGCUCUAGGGGACAGAUACUUUGAAGUUGUGGAGACUGGUUAUGAGUUCAGGAGGUCCCUCGGGCUGGAUCCAGCAGCACUGAAAUACCYCACAGCAGCUCAACCUGCCUCUUCAGCUCACAGGUUCUGGCYCUUGUCUUGCCUGUUGAACCCAGUUGACAUAAAAGGCCUUUUUAUUUUGGUCCUGCAGCUAUCCUGUGCCAAAUCCCAAUUCUGCUGAAGUCAGUAACAAAACACCCAUUGACUACUGUUGGGCCAGGAUACAAACCCUCAAGGAUGAGGAGUGAAGGAUGGAGAAGAGGAAAAUUAUGUUUCACGUGCYAGAAGUGACACAGAAAGCACUUGCAUAAUUCACUGGAUAGGUUCUCCAAGAAACCCCAGAGAGGUUUGCUUACUUUUGAGAUAUAUGUUGGGGAAAGGAGGAAAGCGGAAGUUUGACGAGCAUGAAGAUGGGUUGGAAGGCAAAGUGGUGUCUCCCACCGACGGUCCCUCUAAGGUGUCUUACACCUUACAGCGUCAGACUAUCUUCAACAUUUCCCUUAUGAAACUUUAUAACCACAGGCCAUUAACCGAGCCAAGCUUGCAAAAGACAGUUUUAAUUAACAACAUGUUGAGGCGAAUCCAGGAAGAACUCAAACAAGAAGGCAGCUUGAGGCCCAUGUUCGUGGCCGCUUCGCAGCCUGCCGACCCUCUCAGCGACAGCUUCCGCGAGGCUCAGCCGGCMUUCAGCCACCUGGCCUCGCCGCCCCUGCUCCCCACCGACUUCGUAAGCACUAUGCCCCUGGAGUCCUGCCUCACCCCAGCCUCCUUGCUCGAGGACGACACUUUUUGCACUUCUCCGGCUGUCCAGCACGAAGGUCCGACAAAGCCGCCACCUCCUGCUCUCCAAGCAGUAAAGGACAGCUUCUCCUCAGCCUUGGACGAAAUCGAGGAGCUUUGUCCAGCACCUACCUCCGCAGAGGCAGUAGCAGCCGAAUCGGCGGCCGAUGACUCUAAAGCUCAGCCCARCGAGUCCAACAUUCACAAGCCCGAGGGCCUCCCGGAGAGCAGAACGGCUGAACCCAAACUCAUGGACCCCCUGCCUGGCAACUUUGAGAUAACAGCUUCCACAGGUUUCCUCACAGACUUGACCCUGGAUGACAUUCUGUUCGCUGACAUUGAUACGUCCAUGUACGAUUUUGACCCCUGCACGUCUGCCACGGGGGCCGCCUCAAAAAUGGCUCCCGUCUCAGCAGAUGAGCUCCUAAAAACUCUCGCUCCGUACAGCAGUCAACCAGUAACUCCAAAUCAGCCUUUCAAAAUGGAUCUCACAGAACUGGAUCACAUCAUGGAGGUGCUUGUUGGGUCUUAAAAUAUUAGAAAUAUAGCAACUUUCUUCUUUUUUUUUUUUUUUUUUUUUUUUUUUAAACUUUAAGUACCAGUAUAUACACUUGGUAGUAUUUCCAUAGUCCUUCCCAGCCCCGAAUCACAGCACUGUGCAUGCAUCCUUGCUUGCCUUUUUUGAAAAGAAAAGGAUCACACUAGUUUUUGCUUCGAGCAGAGUUGGAGUGCCUUCAUCCAUGUAUGACCACUUCUAAUGUAUUUUUUUUAAAGUGGUUCCUCAAGGAAGACCGAAUAUCCUGGUAUAGGAAAGAAUAUGUAUUGUAGACAAUGUUACGUUAUUACAAAAAAAAAAAAAAAAAAAAAAGAAAAAAAGGAAAAAAAAAGGAAAAAAAGGUAAAAGCUAAGCACAAGGAUUAUGUUGGGGAAAGCUGUAAAUUGCAUGUGCAUACUUGUCUAUUUUUUCUAUAAGUUUUAUUGCAAGAGGUAAAAAAUUUUAUUAUUUAGAUAAUCUCAAUACCAUUUUAGCCCUGUAUAGGUUGACUUUAGCAAUUCAGCCUUUUGGAGGCAUUAACCUGCUCCUCUUUAAGUGUUGCAUUUACAUGGCUGUUUAGAAACUGCUGCCCAAAUUUAUUUUAUAUUUUUGUACAGAUUCUGCAGUUUAUGAUAUUGUUUUUUCUAAAAACAAAUGCUGUUUAUACACACAAAAAAAUAGCUAUUUUGAUAGGAUUUGCUCACAUAGUUCCUGCAUAAUUCAGAUGUACAAGAACCACUUGUACUUUUAUACAGAGUUGUAAUGUUUUAUAUGUGUAUGGUGCAAAGAGAAAAUUGGAUCAAAUAAGCCUGCAGUCGGUUUCCCUGAAUGCAAACAAAAAAAAMMAAAAAAAAGUGCUUUAAGAAAGGGCUGGGAGCUGCUUCUGUCGGAGUUUCACAAGUGUUUGCUCCCUGCUGUACCCACUGCGCGCUACUGUGAUUCCUGAAACUUAAACUUAGAGCCAUGUCCUUUUCCAACACGUAUGUGAAGCAGUUGGCAGGAAACAAUUGUGGAACUUGACCCCCGAGGUCCUGAGCGCCGCCGUGGCCGCAGCUCCCGCCCCGGGACUGGGCACCGUCCCCAGGCCCCCAUCCAUUGGAGCCUUAACCCGGCGGAGAUCGGCGCCUCCUCACCCGGAGCUCCUGGGAAUGAGCCCACCGAGAGCCCCGUGGCAUCUCCCUGACUGACGGGCGCGGGCGGAGGAGCGGGGCUGGGAGCGCCCGCUCGCCCUUUCUUGGAGCAUUUCUCCUCCCCUCUCCCACCUCACUGUGCUAAGUGCUGAAAAAGGCAACUUCAGUAUUACUGCAGUGAAGCUCAUCUCGUACCUGCACUGGAUGGACUCUCUUCGAUAUCCAUUGCUGUCGAAACUGGAGCCAGUCGUGUGACACCACUUGGCAUCUCCUGUAGAGUUGGGUUCUUGUAUCGACUGUGUUACCUGCUUUACACUUUAUAGACCCGUUUUACAACCAAUAUACAGACACAGCUUUCUAUGCAUGGUCCCCUUCCCCGUAACACCUGAGAAGUCUUCUUACUGCACCGAUAGCUUUUUUUUUUUUUUUUCCUCCUAAGUUCAUUGUGGUGUACAUUUAAUUUAAAAAGAAAAAAAAUGUUUGCAAUGUAUCAUGCCUAUUGCUGAAGUUGCUAUGGCAUUUUAGUUUUCCAAUGGUACUUUAGUUGUCGAGUGCCGGUUACAACCUAUAUUGUUGACAUGCCUACGGCUUCUUUAGGAAUAACUUUUAUAUUUAUUUAAGAAAUUUUAAAUUAUGUUUUACGUCAUUUGGCAAUAUUCAGUCAAUUCUGCUCCCUUCUUGUCAUGGAUGAAAUUGGGUCUUGCCUGCCUUUGAAGGAGGCGGCUUUUUAUGAAUUGGCACUUUAAAACAGGCCAUAUAUAUUUAUUAGUGUAUAGAUAGAUGUAACGUAGAUAUGCACACGGACACAGGAUGAGAGCAAAUACAUUUUUGCAAUGAAGGAACUCCUGAUGGAAAUGCAAUGCAUCACGUUCAGCUGCRAAAAGGCGCUUCUGGCUCCCAGUUCAUCUGCCAGGGAGAGACGGGGCUGGGGGAGGAGUGGGGACACUGGCCCAGGGUGGGUGCGUUUGCUUUUUUCUUUUUCCCAAGCUGAAGCUUUGGGAUGUUGAUGGAUUUGCAGUCAUUACACAGACUGAAGAGAAAGGAAGUUAUUGCUUCAAACAGAAAACCAUUGACCAAGUGUAGCUUUGGGACCAGGGGAAGGGAGGGUGRGGAGGAGGGGGACAGCUCCGGCUCCCACCCAGCCCUUGUUCCACAGCAGUCCUGGGCCCUUGCAGAACCCACAGCCCUGCCUGACCCUGCAYCUCGAGUACCUGGGAACACACCCUGCACGAACCUGGAACAGCACCUGGCUCACUUGGGAGGCACUUGCCUGAUUUUUGUAGGCAAAAACUGAUUUGCAGGGCGCUGGAGCUGCCUGGUUUUGGGAUUACCUCUGUAAUUACUCAAAUCCCACCUGCUAGGCAAAAGCUCCCYUCAGUGCCAUUUUUGGACCCCUGUGCUGUUCCGUGGGGUCAGUUGAAGGUUUUGUAUGCAGAGAGCAGGAGCCGARCCCUAAAUCCACUUUGCCACUUCUGGGCUGUGUCUAUGGCUCCUUGGUGCUCCUGUGCAGAGUCCAUAUAGGAAUCCCACAGGACAAAAACAUGACUUUUGGGACUCAGCAAGAGGUUGGUGCAAGCCAUGGUGGGAAGGCAGAGCUGUGGCUUUCUCCCUGCACUGUCUCGAGCUGGGCCUGUGCCGUGGUCCCAACAGCAACCAUGCAUGGAAUUUCUCUGAGACCUACACCAGGGAUGGAGUUGACAUUAACGUGCAAUGAAGUGACAAGAUGGGAGCAGAAUAAGAGAGCUUUGGAUUUGAAGUGAUUU